AUGGUGGAGGAAAGUCUGGGCGGGGCUGAACCAGAGGUUUCCAGCUCGUCUCGACCUCUUGAGAACCGGUCAUUAACUGAAGCAAAGAUAAAACCUGCCGAAGGCGUGAUCAGCGUACGCAACAGGCAAAUGGCCGAGAACGGCGUGAAGUGCGAAAAAGCAACACUUGUGAUGAUUCCCCCUGGUCCUUCUGCCUUGCGAGAAGGCACUGGCAGUGGAGUGCUUGGACAUUGGGUUGCUCUGCAUCAAGAACGGGCGUCUCAUGGCGAGCCACUUUCACGACUCUCUUUUGGUGUCAUGGUGACAGCCUUGAGGGGCGGGGUGAAAGUUAGUUCCCACUGUGAUUGGACAACGGUUGAGGUGCGACAAGGCCAAAUCUUGCGGUCAGGCCUGAUAGAAAGAAAAACUUUGAGGGUUGUGUUACGCGUCCAGGCCAGCUAUCCAUGCGAACUGUGCCAACACAGCGCCGGAUGGAAGGCCGAUAGGCGUCGACGAAGGAGCUGGGUCGUCUGGCCAUCGAGUGUCUCGGUGGGGGUUUGGUGA